AUGUCCUUCUUCUCGCGCGUCUUCCGCUCCAAGGACCCCUCGAAAAAGUCCAGCAGGCUCAACGGCCUGCCCACAGAGCCAGAGAAGCCGACAUGGACAGAUGCCUGGCUCAGGACAGAGGUCGGACCGGAGGAGGUCGUCGAGCUCCUCCAGGGCUGCACCGUCGAGCUCAAAGAUAGGGCCCUCGAUAUCCCCUUUCUCCUGCUGCCCUUCAGGCCGACCUCAGACCCUUCGGCGGCCAGGACGUUUAUACGCAACUUCUUCAGCCCGCCUGCAGACCGUGCUGACAGGUCGGGGCCGCUGCAGGGCAAGCAGCUCGCCCAGGAGCUCCGUCUCUCAGAGCCCAUGGUCCUUUGCAGCGUCAUGAAAUGGUGCUGGGCCAGGCUGCCCGGCGGAGUCGUCACCUGGGAGGCCUACGAGCUCUUCAAGGUCGGCGAGAACGAUGCACAAUUCGCGAGAGACGCCUUCUCGACCUUCAUCCCCCUCAGCGUCGACUCGGACGCCCGCACAAAGAUCAUCUUCGCCUUCUUCGACCUCAUGGCCGCCAUUGCUGCCCACGGCAAGUCCAACGGCCUCGGCGGGAGGAAGCUGUCCAGAUACGCCGGCUGGUGGGCGUUUGAGCACUCGGACACCGGCAAGGGCUUCGAGGCCAGCUACAAGACCUGGGCUAGCGCCGCCGAUGCGACGAGCCAUCUGUUCUUUGCCUAUCUCCGGUCCCAGGCCCCCGAGUCCCUGCGUGGCACCAACGGCAUCUCAACCCUCCCCCUAUCCCUCCAGAACCUCGUCCGCGCCACCGAAUAUCCCCCUGAAACACCCUCGCUUCUCCAGUCGGGCACCACAAAGGUCGUCAUGGUCGUGGACGUGGUCUCACCAACCCCCUUUGCCCUGCUCCGGCGCGCAAAGAACUUUGAAUACCGCGCCAGCGACCAUGCCCUCCAGCAGUUCGCCAGCUACGAUGACCCCCAGACAGCCCUCACGGAGGAGUGCAGACGGGUCCUGCGCUGCAUAUCGACCACCAACCAGUCCGAGGUCUCGACCGUAAAGGCGUCGACAAGCCUGCCCGACGCUUCCUGGUCUCGCUUCGAGGAUAUCGGCUUCGGCGCCGCCAUCGAGGAAGACAUGGAUGAUUCGACCAAGAACUCAAACAACACCAAGCCCUUUGGAUUGAGAUCUGCGCCGCAGUCCCGCACCGCAGAUCUAGGACGGCCCACCACUCCAUCGUGGGCCGAUUUCCUGUCUUCCGGCUUCUCAGAGGAGAACGGGCCUAAGUCGCCGACGACCCUGCUGCUCCCGCCAGACAAGAUCCUGCCUCCUCUCCAGGCGGUGCGCGGCCAGUCCUCGCAGUCGCAUAAGCGAGGCAUCGACGACGGCUCCAUGCUCGACCCGGGCGAGCUCGCCAGCAUCUCAACCCUCGACCUAGACGAUUCCUUCUGGUGGGUUUGGGUAAGCAGUCUGUCCGGCGAAGAGUCAGCCGUCAGAAAGGCCGUGUUUGGAAGAUGCGCGCUCCUCGAGACCAUCAUACCAGGCGGCAAAUGGCUGAUCCUGGAAGAGCAGAUCAAGGGUGCUGCCCCCGAACCCGACGUGGGAGCAUACAUCGCCGAGAAGAAGAACUUUUUCGGCUUCAGGACACGCAAGGGACGACUCGGUCGAAGCAAGUCGACCGUCAAGAAGAUCGGGCUCAUCGGAGAACAGUACGACACCGCAGGAAGCACAGUGCCCUCCAGCAAGACCAGCAUAGGACCCGACCAACAUGCCAGAAUCCAAGCUGCCGCAGCCGCCUUGCAACGGAAACGCAGAGAGCAGGAACUCGAAGAAGCGAACCGUGAACGCGCAAAGACUGAGGGAAACCAGACGUCAAAGACCAACUCCGUACACGCCCUGCAGCCAGGCAUGAUAUCAGAGAUGUCCCAGGCCAUGAAGUGGGCGAACAACUACGACAAGAACAAUGUUCGCUCUGCCUACCUGGAGAACUCGCGUGCUGGAACCGGCCAGCCUGCUACCAGCAUGGAUCUCGGAUCGAGGUCAUCUACCGAUCUCAAGCCAGACGUGCCUCCAAAAUCCAACGGCAACGGAAGAGAUAUACCAUCUAUCAGAGAACGGCUGCCAAUGUCUGCCGGAACUGGGCCAGAGACACCACCAAAGGCAGAGUCGCCUGCUCCCGAGCACCCAGUCGUCGACAGCAUCAAUUUUGAUAAGCCUACUCCUCCAACGCCUCCAGCCCCUGUCACCACCACUACGGCCUCUCCGAGCCCAUCUCCAGUCGCAGUUCCAAGCCCUGUCGAGGAAGAGUCCACGGAAAUAAGCCUGGUCGACGACAGGAAGCUCAAGAAGAAGCCAGGCAACGCCGGUCUCAAGGGUAUGUUCGGUACCCCCAAGGCCGAACAGCCAUCCAAGCCGGAGCCAGUUGAAAAGGAGACUUCGUCUGCCGUCGCCGCUGCCCGAGCUGCUCUCGAGGGACGCACCGCUCAGGCUCAUCCUACCUCGAGAUCGUCUCCAGCCUCGUCGCCAAAGCCACCGGCUUCCCGUCGUCUGUCUGGAUUCGGUAUGAAGAGACACCAGGACGAGACCCUCGCCAGCCAGAUCCCCAAGCCCAGCGUUGAACGUAAACCUGCUCCUCCUCUCAACCAGGAGCGCAAGCCUGCUCCUCCAGCAAAGGAAGACCGCGUAUCACCACCACCACCGGUGAGCCAGAAUCGUGACGCUCCAAAGCCAAUCGAGCCCGUCUCUCCAGUUUCUCCUAUCGAGAGGAAGCCAGCAGCCGGUGCAUUCUCCUCCUUCUCCCACCAAAGCCCAAUCGUCGACCAGCCAGCUUUCACUCCCAUCGAGACCCCACCGGCCGUAGAGACCAAGCAAGUCAUUCCAGAACCAGUUCCAGCCCCAGCUCCAGCUCCCAUCCAGUCAACACAACCCACUGAAUCCAAGACCUUCACCGUUGAAGCCGAAAAGGAAGUCCCCGCCGCCGCUGAGCCAGAGGUCCCAGCCCUUGACCGAUGGGCACAGAUCCGUAAGAAUGCUGCACAACGUGCUGCCGUCCCUGAUGCACCUGCAGCAGCCCCUGUCGCUGCGGCCCCGGCCUCCCCUCAGGCAAAGGAGCCUACCACCCAGCAAGAAACUAUUGAAAUGCGGGCUGCGCGCAUCAAGGCUCGUGUAGCGGAAUUGACCAAGAACAUGGAGUCUUCCAGAGGCAACUGA